CAACUUCUCUCUCACCACCCCCCCCUCCGAGCCACGACGGCGCACACGUAGCUUGCGCGAGACGCACGCACGUACACGCCUUGCCACGAGCCGCCGCUCCUCCGCAACAAAAACAUGCCCGACCGCCGUCUUGCGUUGGACGCCCCUUCAUGAUCCCGCCUCCCAAGCCGCGCACUCAUGGACCGCGCAAACGGGCCUGGCGCGGCCGCCACGCGGGCGGAGCGGUUCGAAGACGAGAAGCGCCGCAUCAUCGACAGCUGCUUCAACAAGAAAGAUUCCGAUGGGUCACUGCUCGAGACCUACAUCACGCAUAUCCGAAUCACCGAAUACUCCUCCCAUCCCACAACACCGCCGCCUCCGCAAGCUCGGACCCCCGACUCUGAGAAGCCCCGAGUCAUCAUCGUCGCCGUUCGAAAGUCGGGCCGAGUCCGCAUGCACAAAUCCAAGGAGAACCCCACCGGCACUUUUUCCAUCGGCAAGUCGUGGAAUCUUGACGACCUCUCCCAGAUUGAGUCCUAUACCGGCCCCCAGGUGACCCCUAACAACCGCCAAUGGGGCGGCGACACCGGCUUCCUCGUCACCCUCGGCAAGCCAUACUAUUGGCAGGCCCAGACCGACAAGGAGAAGAAGUUCUUCAUCGCGAGCCUGAUCAAGAUCUACGGCAAGUACACGGGCGGCAAGAUCCCUGAGCUGAGCGGCUUCGACCAACGCGAGCUCGAUCAGGUUCUCGGUGCUGGAAGACGGCCAGCCGCCGCGGCGCCGCGGCCUCCGCCGCUGGAACAGCCCCUUGGCCAGCCGACCGCUCCUCCCACCGCGCCAGUACCGCCUGUGCCCUCGGCAUUGAGCACUCCAGAGCAGCCGCGUUUCCAAAAGCCCCCGAUCGUGCGGCCUCCUUUGAACGGCUCGAACUCCCCAGCCGCUAGCUUCGACUCGACACGCUCGGGCGAGAGACCGCCCGCGCCUCGAUGGACCGCCCAGAACAACAGGAGUCAGGACUCUUUUGCCAACCGGAGUGAUGAUACCUCCAGCAUACCUCCUCGCUCCCGCAACGGGAUGGCCGGGCCUGGAGCCUUUGCGCGGUUUGGAGAGUCCAGAGAGCCGUCUGAGCCGCCAGCGGGCACUCGCACGCCUCCUCAGCCGCAGACGGACGAGAAGCCACCGCCCGAGAGAAGAAGGCCACCCAUGGACCCUUCUCGCCCUCAAGACCGGGAUCUGGUACCCCCACCGCUCAUGAGUCCUGCUAACAAGCGAGAUCCCGUCGCGCCGCCACCAAGAAGCACAGAUCGGAUGUCGCCGAGAAAGGGCUCGGCUCCUGGCCAGGAGCGUGGACCUCCCACGUUGCCUAGCGCCUUCAAGGAACGAGACAUUCCGCCACCGGCCAUGGCGCCGCUCGACACCACCAUGAAGUCAGAAUCGCCCAUGCCCGGACUGUCUGUAGGAGGAACUGCAGCUGCAUCUAUUGCCACCAUCUCGCAACCCACGACUCCGACGGCUUCAACUCCUACCGCCACAGAUGUCCCGCCUGUGCCAGAUAUUCCGGAAGAGGAGGCGAGACCCGGACUGGGGCCCAUGAUCAAGGCCAAGCGUUCCAAGGGUGACAUCGCCGGAGCUCUCUGGAAGGCUGCCAACGCGGCGAACGCGUUCCGCCCGCGUCCCGGCGGCGCUGGAGAUCGCCUUCGCCAGGCGCAGAGCAAGACGGCCAUGGAGGGGCCAGAUGGCAUCACAGGAGUCGUACCAGCCCCACCUCGCCCCGUGUCAAAGGACCAAAAGUCAGAGGCGCCAGAAGCCUCCAAACCAGCUGAGGGUGACUCGCCUAUCCCUGAAGUAAAGAUCACGCCGUCAGCGUCGAAUCAGCUCACGAAGAAGGCGAGCACGGAGACGGCCGCCACGCCAGCCAAAAAGGAAGAGCCUCGAAAGGCAGAGCCUUCUGGGCGGUCAGUCGUUGCGGGAAAUGAUGCCAAAUACAUGCAAUCGCUUGGUAUAGACCCGACGUUCUUGGAUGGCCGGAGUGAGGAGUUUGGCAAGUGGCUCGACUAUUUCGGCUGGGUCCCGGGGGAUCGCAUGCGGGCGCAGAGCAUGGAGGAGAUGAAGGCCGAUCUCGAAAGGGAGCUGAACAAGGCCCAGGCUGGCGGCUGGCUCGCCCGAUUCCAGGAGGAGGACGAACGAGUCGGCGCCAUCAAGCGAGGCAUCGACGUUGGCAUUGCAGAGUGCGAGGAGAUGGAUAAUUUGCUCACCCUCUACUCUGUCGAACUCUCGACUCUAUCCGACGACAUUGCCUACAUUGAAGCUCAGGGUCAGGGUCUUCAGGUGCAGACUGCAAACCAGAAGCUGCUGAAGAAAGAGCUCGAAUCCCUCCUCGAAACCUGCGCCAUCACCUCGUCAGACCUCGAGGCACUUCGACUGGCGCCGCUCGAGGAUGUGCGGGGCUUGGAAGAGGUCGAAACUGCCCUUGUGACGCUCUUCAAGGCUAUGAGCAAGAUGGAUCCGUCCAUUGGCACCAACGAUGCGACGCCACCGGCUGGCACCGCAUUGGACUCUGACCGAGCCCUUGGUCUCAACAGCGACUAUGGGCAAAUGCGCAUUGUGCAAGAAAAGAAGGAUAUGUAUCUUCAGGAGAAUGCCUUCUUCAUGCGACGACUCCUCGAAGUCAUGGCUCGUCAAUUUGACGAGGCGUACACCGAGACGAAGCGGUCGCUCGAAGGCGCGCUGGCGAAGAAGGUCGAUCCGUCCAACUACGACGCAGGCCGCGACCUGCUCUGGAAAUACAGCCCCUUGAUGCUGUACGCCAGGGAUGCAGACUUGGACAACUGGAACAGACUGGUGCAAAUUUAUCAGGACAAGAGCCAUCCUGUGUACAAGUCGCAGUUUCAAAACGUCGUGGCUAUCUGGCGCAAGAAUGCUCGCAAGAUGACGGGCGAGGACGCCGAGCUGCUCUUCUCAUCACAAGUGGAGAAGCAGCAAGAAGGCGUCGCGACGGCCGCGCGGAAGCUGACGGUCAAGCGCAGCCAGACAUUGGCAAGAGCUCUCAGAUCGCCCCUGGCUGACGGAGGCAAUCGAGCGCAAGCGGCAGAAAAGGGCGGAUCGGACUCGAGGAGCUUCCCGUACGAGGUCUUUGCCGGGGUGCUGGACGAUCUCCUGCCGCUCGUGGAGAUAGAGCAAAACUUUGUCACCGACUUCUUCCACGCCUCGACGUUGGAGCAGGUUGAUUUCCCGGAUGCUGUUGCGGCUAGCCCUCCUCGCAACCGCCGCGGUGGGGACCUGAAGCGCCAUCGCCUCAUGGAGCCCGACAGGGAGCUUGCUCGCCGUGUGACUAGGUCCAUGGAGGUCAUCUUUGCCUUCCUCGAGUCCGAACUGCAACGCUUGAUGGAGUGGGUCAUUGGGCAAGAUCCAUUACAAGGUAUCGGUGUUCUCGCCGUGCUCGAGAAGAAGAUGUCGGAAAUGGCCCAGUCCAACCAAGACUACCUCAACGCCCUUCUUCAGAGGUUGCACAGCCUGUUGGAGGGCCGAUUCCAUAAAUUCGUCGAUGAGCAGAUCCGCGCCAUCGAAGAGACAAAGGUCAAGAUUAACAAGCGCAAGGGUGUAAUAUCCUUUAUCCGCGUCUUCCCGGCGUUCAUGGCCGCAGUCGAGAAUAUGCUUGUCGGCAUCGACACGAACCUGGCACUUCGCCGCACCAUCGACCGCGAAUACGACCGCAUACUCAAGUCCAUGUUCGACUCGCUCAUGGUCAUCGCCCGAGAGCACCCUGCCGCGGGCGUCGCGAGCGGUGCCGCGGAUCCCGAGGACAAGGAAGCGCUCAACUUCCACAUCUUGUUGAUCGAAAACAUGAAUCAUUUCAUCGAGGAGACGGACACCCGUGGUCUCGAAGUACUUGAGGACUGGAAGGAGCAGGCAAGUCGGGAAUACCAUGAGCACAUGGGCCUCUACCUGAACGCUAUCAUGCGCCGUCCGCUGGGCAAGCUGCUGGAUCACCUGGAAAACAUCGAAGCGCAAAUUCAGACGGGCAAGUCGCCUGCGGCCAUCGCCGGGCAGCCCUCCAACAGCAAGCUCAUCUUCAACAAGAUCCUCAGCUACUACGACUCCAAGGAGGUACGCAAGGGCAUCGAGGCACUGCGCAAGCGGGUCGAGAAGCAUUUCGGUGACGCCGACGACCCCGCUCUGAGCCGCGGCCUCGUGCAGAACGUGACGAGGGAAUGCGAGACCUUUUACAAUGGGGUGGAGAGCCGGAUAGGACGCGUGACGACGGAUGUGUACGGGGGUGAGGUGGCGUUUGAGUGGCCCCGAGCCGAUGUCAAGGCCGCCUUUCGCUGAGGUGACGAGGCCAUGACGGUGGCGAUGGACACGUGAGCAUUGCAGGAGGUUCUGUUGCCUUUUUUUAACAUUCAUGCGGGACGUAUAUGGACGAGGGAGUGGAAGGGUUUGGUCCGCUGCUUGACUGUGUAUGACGGAGAAGAGCGAUCGCGGACAGCGACGACGAGCAAGCCGUUGUACAAUAUCAUGAAGAUGAGAUGGAGCGCGUUUGAACAAGAGGAGGCAAAACUGGCAGUGCUUCGGGCUGGCAGCAGUGAAGGGACAAAUGUAUCUCAUGCCUCUGUUCAGACGGCCCGUGACAGUGUCUGCACGCUCAAACUAUUGCUACGAUGUGAAGGUGAGCGCAAGAAUUGGUUGCGCCCAUCACGGUC